CUGGUGGUAAUUUCUUGGCUGGGUUGGUGCGAUCAACAGUUGAAUUCCUCAACCAGGAAUAUUCUCUCAAACAAUUCAAGCCAUUGUACUAUGCAGGGAAAAGCGAUUACCUGGUUAUUAAUAAUUGGCAUUGCGAUUAUAAAAUCAUGUGAGGCUCUUUCUAACACCAUUGAAGCCCCUUCUCUCACAAGUCCCAGCGACGCGCCACUGGACUACAGUGCCAUUGAAACCAAGUUCUCAGUGCGCAGCCCGGAGGAGCCGGAGGAGGACCUGUGCUACCUGGUGCCCGGGAGGCCGGAGACAGCCUCGGAGUGCGGCUUCAACCCGGCGCGCAAGACCAUCGCUGUCAUCCAUGGCUGGGCGGUGGCAGGAUUUUUCGACAGCUGGGUUUAUAAGCUUGUUGCUGCUCUGUUUGAGCGGGAGCCCAAUGCCAACAUCAUAGUGGUGGACUGGCUCGAUCGGGCCCAGCACCACUAUCCCAACUCAGCUGAGAACACCAGGCUAGCCGGCCAAGAUGUGGCAAAGCUGAUAAACUGGUUGGAGGCUGAACUGCAGUAUGAUCUGUCCAAACUUCACCUGCUGGGAUACAGUCUGGGGGCCCAUGUGGCAGGAGUUGCAGGCAACCUCACCAACAACAAAGUCAACAGGAUAACAGGUCUGGAUCCAGCUGGGCCUCACUUUGAGUACGCCAACGAGCUGCGCCGCCUGUCGCCUGACGAUGCGACCUUUGUGGAUGUUCUUCACACCAACACCAAAGGAAGCCCAGACUUCAGCAUAGGCAUUCAAAGACCUGUGGGCCAUGUGGAUAUCUACCCCAACGGUGGCAAUGAGCAACCCGGCUGUACUUUCCAGAAUGCCAUGAAGAUGAUUGCUACAUUCGGCAUCAACAAUGUGGAUCAGAUUGUGAAAUGUGCCCAUGAGCGGUCCGUGCACCUGUUCAUCGAUUCGCUGGUGAAUCGGCAGCAGCAGAGCAUGGCCUACCGCUGCAGCUCCAAAGACGCGUUCAACCGAGGCCUGUGUCUGAGCUGCCGCAAGAACCGCUGCAACAACCUGGGCUACGGCGUCAACAAGGUCCGCCGUGCCAGAAGUACCAAGAUGUACCUCAAGACUGGAGCGCAGAUGCCUUUCAAAGUGUUUCACUACCAGGUCAAGGCCCAUUUCUUCAGCCAGAAGAACCUGAUCCUCUCUCAGCAGCCUAUCCUUGUGUCCCUCUAUGGCACUCAUGGGGAGAAAGAAAACAUUCCUCUUAUUUUGCCCGAGCUCAACACCAACACCACAGUGUCCUUCCUGCUCACCACUGAUGUAGACAUCGGGGAGCUGCUGAUGGUGAAAAUGCUGUGGGAAAGCGAUUCCUUCUUCUCUUACUUCCGUGACAAUGAUUUCAUGAUCCGUAGGAUGCGUAUCAAAGCCGGAGAGACACAAGCCAAGGUAAGUUUCAGAGCUAAAGAUGCAGAAUUUGCCCACCUGGUUCAAGGAGGUGAUGCUGUGACGUUUCUGAAAUCCAAAGAGGAUCAAAACAGUCGGCGGCGUGAAAGGUUACACAGGCGCAAGAUGCAUGGAAGUUUCUUCAAACAAGGCCAGAAUGAAGCUGCCAUUGCUUAGCCCUUGCCUCUGUCAUUGUCAUCAACAGCAGAGGAGAAGCACUGACAGUCUAUAAGUCUCCUCUAGAAAACAAUUCUGUAUACUGCACUCCGAAAACACUUUAACACUGUUGAAAACAGCCAUUAGUGAUGUACCUUGCAUUUCUGGGUCUAUUUUGUUGUUUGGCAGUCAAAUUUUCUAAUUCACAUGGAUAAUUGGCCAAGAAAUUUCCAGCAUAGAUAACAGUGGAGCUUGAUAGGUGAAAAUUAUUCACCUUUGUAAAUAGCUACUGCAAACAGAGUCAAAGUACAAAGGUUUCUUUCUAGACUCACAAUUUUACAACAAAGUUCAACCAUCCAUUUUACAAUCAAAGACAGAAGAAAAAACAGCCCCACUAGAAUAUUUGUACAGAAGCUAAUUACGACCUAUAGUUACGUUUUAAAGUUAAGCGCCCUCUAGUGGUCAUGUAAAUAACAACGCUGUGGUCCGUGUAACUGUAUGUUCAGACCAAACAUGAAGCAAGUUUUGCCCGCGCCAAAAUUGCAUUCAAAGUCAAUGCAAAGACGUAAAUAGAUACGAAUUCGCGCUGGGCGACACGAUUGCCAGAAUUUUCCACAUCGUAAAUGAUGCAAAAUUCACAUAUUCGUAUGACCUGAAAUUUUUCAAGUCAAGCGAGAAAUUCAUGGCUAUAUAUGUGCGAGUCCGCAAUGCGAAAACUCACUUCGGGUUUGGUCUGAAAACACAGUUAGGAGACUGGUGAGGUUGUUGAUGGGUCAGUCAACAUUAUCAACCCAGUUUGACUCCUGUCUCAAGUGGGGGCAGUGUUUCUUUUCAGGUAGCUAAUGUUAGCAAUCUAACAUGAGCAACUGUAAGCAAAUGUUUUGUAACCCAAAUCCUGACCCUAACCAUUAGGCUGCGACAAACCUUUCCCUAACCUUAGCAAUAACCUACGCAAUAACAAUUCCUAACCUUAACCUUAAAGUUUUUGUAGUGGCUAGUGAGCAGACAUUUGUUAGUGAACAAUAGCUCGCUCAGGAAACUGUCCUUUGAGUUGUGUUAGAGACGCUCCUGUGGAUUGCAUGUGCUACUAAUUUAGGAAACGCUCCUAUUGGUUGAAACAAAGGACCGUGAAACAAAUGACACAUACAGCCGUAUGUGUUGGAAGAUUUGGAGAGGAAUUGUGGGAAAUUUAGGAAAUCACUAGAGAGCCAUGUUUAGGGAACGUGUGUACUCAAGAUGCAUUGAACAUCACAAAUGGAUGAUUUAUAACAGUGUCAGAUUUCCAAGGAUGGAUCUCUCUUGUAAUAUCAACAUGACCUUUGCUGUCUCUUGUUGACAAGUCCAGAAACCUGCUGUGUGCUCUUUGGACCUCCACACAUGAUUACAUAAUCUGCUUGGAAGUGUGAGCUGUGUUUGAAAAUCUCAGGUAUUCAGCUGGAAUAGUUUUAUGUAGAAGUCGGUGAUAAAGCACAAAUUAGAACUGUUUUUCUUUGGAGUCAUCCUCAGUAGCCUGCGGUAUGUAAUUCAACAUUCCUAUCACGGAACCAAAUUCUUUAGUACAGAUUUUUUUUUUUUGUCCUGUCUCAGUCUGUACUGAAUAUUUUACGAUUAUAUUUGUUUGCACUUUUUGUUUCAUUUACAGUAACAAAGAAAUAAUGUAAACCACACAAGAUCAUUUCAAGCAGUCAGCUUUAAGUAUGUUUGAGUAGCAAAAUGUUACAUUUUAAUGGUACAAUACAUUGUUGUUGGAAUAA